GUACAGUAAUGCAGUUGAUCAAGAUUUUCAGUGUUAUUAUAAUGGUGAUAGGACCAGUUGAUUCUUACUCUGAUGGUGCACCUGAAUCAGUAUGUAAAUCAAUGGAUCCGUCCAAAGGUCACGGCGCUUUACCUCAAACAACAGAAUCUUGGUAUUAUAUUAAAGUCAACUCUGAUUAUUACCAACCCGGACAUCAAUUAGAAGUUCAGAUAAUGUUAAAGAAAGCUGGUCAAUACUUUGAAGGUUUUAUGCUGGAGGCAAGGCGGGUAGAUCCUGAUGAAAAAUGUGGAGAAAAAGUUGGAACAUUUGAAGAAAGAAACGAAACCCAAUUGAUAUGUUCUGGUCAAACGCGAAUACAACCAGUCAGAGCCAAAGUCUAUAAACGUUUACCGGUGACUCAAACCUCCGCAGAUAUAAAGAGAAAUUUAACUUUCAUAUGGAAUGCACCCCAAAAGUCUUCUGGUAAUAUACAAUUUAGAGCAACUCUGGUUAAAUCUGAGAAAGUAUUUUGGUUAAAUGUAGUGUCGAAGGUGAUAUAUGAUAAGUCUUCAGGUAAAAAGAUCAAAAAUAGUCGAAAAGAUUUUGUUGAGUGUCCAGUUACUUCAACCACUGUCAUAUCAAAGCCAACAGUAACAAGUCCACCUACUUCUAAACUUGAAAGUGACGCUGCAUGUGGUGAUACUAUCGGAUGUUUUCAUGACUGUAAAAAAGAUGGUAGUUGCAACUUUAUAUUUUCAUGGAAGGAAGUUGGUGAAAUAAUGGAAAUGAAUAUGAAAAUGGCCUUUUCUGGUAAUGACCAAAAUAAAUGGAUGGCCGCUGGCUUUUCUGACGAUGAUAUGAUGGUAGGUGAGAGAGGUCGAUAA